AUGAAGUUCGCUGCCCUAGUUUCUGGCGGGAAAGACUCCCUAUACUCCAUUCUGGAAUGCCAACGCCAGGGCCAUGAGCUUGUUGCUUGUGUCCAUUUGGGUCGGCCGGACGACGAAACAGAGGAAUCUUUCAUGUACCAAACGGCAGCUUCGGAAGUGAUUAAAACGCUGGUAGAAGAAUGUCUUGGUGUACCGUUGAUCUUGCAUGUACGAACUGGACUUAGCGUCAACACAGCACUGGUGUAUGAAGCUACUGAUCACGACGAAGUCGAAGACUUGUGUUUGGCGUUGCAGACGACACUGGCACGCUUUCCCAACAUUCAGGGAGUGAGCUCGGGCGCAAUUCUAUCCACCUAUCAGCGAACUCGAGUUGAGUCAGUCUGUAGUCGUUUGGGCCUAACUUCCCUUUCUUAUUUGUGGAGACGGGCCCCGCAAAGAGAACUUUUGGCCCGCAUGAUUGAUGAUGGUAUCGAUGCAGUACUCGUCAAGACUGCGGCUCCUCCUGGUCUAAUGCCACGGAAACAUUUGGGAAAGACUUUGGCAGAACUUCAAAGUCACUUCCAUACGCUUCACAAUCGUUUCCAGUUUCACAUUUGUGGUGAAGGAGGGGAGUAUGAGACGCUCGUUUUGGAUUGUCCAUUUUACAAGAAGCGGCUUGUUUUGGAUGCGACUGAGGUCAUU